UCCUGCGUGUUUUGGUUCUAAAGGGGGAAGUUGCGAGAAAAAGAAAGGAGGAGACCUGAUCGGCUCUGAUGAAAUAAUUUGUGCAACAAGAAAACUUUAGCAGCCCCGUUGUUGUCAAGACCCCCGCGUCGGAAAUCCCUGCCCGCAUUGUCGACUUGUCGUCAGUGUUGCUCGCAGCCCCUGUUUGACCCGGUUGUGGAACAGUCUGACAGUCUGGGGCGAACAUGGCCAGUCGAGGUGGAGCUACGCGACCAAACGGGCCCAACGCCGCCAACAAGAUCUGCCAGUUCAAGCUGGUGCUGCUGGGGGAGUCGGCCGUGGGGAAGUCCAGCCUGGUGCUGCGCUUCGUCAAGGGCCAGUUCCACGAGUUCCAGGAGAGCACAAUAGGAGCUGCCUUCCUGACUCAGACGGUGUGUCUGGACGACACGACGGUGAAGUUUGAGAUCUGGGACACGGCCGGGCAGGAGCGCUACCACAGCCUGGCCCCCAUGUACUACAGGGGAGCGCAGGCCGCCAUCGUGGUCUAUGACAUCACCAACGAGGAGUCGUUUGCGCGGGCGAAGAACUGGGUAAAGGAGCUGCAGAGACAGGCCAGCCCCAGCAUCGUCAUCGCCCUCUCCGGCAACAAGGCCGACCUGGCAAACAAGCGCGCCGUGGACUUUCAGGCCGCACAGUCAUACGCAGAUGACAACAGUUUGCUGUUCAUGGAAACCUCGGCCAAGACCUCCAUGAACGUCAAUGAGAUAUUCAUGGCAAUCGCGAAACGGUUGCCCAAGAACGAGGCAGCGGGGCAGGGUUCGAAUAGCCGGGAGGCCGUGGUUCUGACCGAGACCGCUCAGCCCACCAAGGCCCCCUGCUGCAGCACCUGAAGCCCUGCCCCUUUCUACGGCCCUGUCCCUUCCUCUUCCUCCUCACUGCCCCACCCCCUCACUGCCCCACCCAGCCUCUCCAUAACCCCGCCCCCUCACUGCCCCAGCCUCUCCAUAACCCCGCCCCCUCACUGCCCCGCCCAGCCUCUCCAUAACCCCGCCCCCUCACUGCCCCGCCCAGCCUCUCCAUAACCCCGCCCCCUCACUGCCCCACCCCCUCACUGCCCCGCCCCCUCACUGCCCCGCCCCCUCACUGCCCCGCCCCCUCACUGCCCCGCCCAGCCUCUCCAUAACCCCGCCCCCUCACUGCCCCGCCUCUUCCUCCUCCUUGCUCUGCCCCUCACAUUUCCUCCUAACUGAAUGACCUCCGGACCAUGUGGGGGCGCCCUUCUUCACGGAUAGCUAAAGACUGUACAGCUGUGUUUCUAAUACAACAUGUCUUCUUUUGGGUUUUUGUUUUUUUUUCCUGUUCCUUUGUUUAAAUUUCUUUAAAAAAAAUUUUUUUAAUUAGCCUUUUUUUUUUUUUUUUAAUGUACUUCAGAGAUGCAUGUAUCACUACAAGGUCAAAAAAAAAAAAAAGUUAAGUUUUAACUUGGUUAAGCAGAAGAAGAAGAAAGUGUGAGAGGGGACUUUGUCUCUCCCCCCGGAGAGAAAAUGGCAUCCAGGUGACCCGAAAGAAAAUGGACUGGGCGACUGGGCCCUGUGCGCGGGGCGGGGCAUGCGGGGCGGGGCAAGUGGGGGGGGGCGGGGUUCCAGCGCUUCCCCUCCUCACGUCCUGGGACACGAAACGCGGUGUGAAACAGCGGCAUGGUAACCUUGGUGACCUUCGGCGGAUCUCUCCCGUGAUUGGCCAGCUGUUCCAGCGGCAGGAGAGUAACUCUGGAUGGCUGUUAAUCAGCUAAAAAAGAAAAGACAAAGCCUUGUGAUUGACAGGGUUUUUUUUCUGUAAAAUGCCCGUGUUCCCCGUAUGCGCAGACCCCCUCCCCCUCUCCCCGUAUGCGCAGACCCCCUCCCCCUAUGCGCAGACCCCCUCCCCCUCUCCCCAUAUGCGCAGACCCCCUCCCCAUAUGCGCAGACCCCCUCCCCAUAUGCGCAGACCCCCUCCCCCCCCCUAUGCGCAGACCCCCUCCCCCUCUCCCCAUAUGCGCAGACCCCCUUCCCAUAUGCGCAGACCCCCUCCCCAUAUGCGCAGACCCCCUCCCCCUAUGCGCAGACCCCCUCCCCGUAUUCGCAGACCCCCUCCCCGUAUGCGCAGACCCCCUCCCCCCUAUGCGCAGAUCUGGGCACACACACCUCGGGUGACCGUUCCAGCCAGUGAACAAGAGCAGGUUGUCAUUUGCGUGUUUUUUUGGAGGGGAGAGGAAGGGGGGUGCAUAUGCGUGUUUUGGGGGAAGAGGAUGGGGGGGGGCGUAUGCGUUCAUUUCACAUUUAUCCAUCAUUGCAGCCUGCCAGGGCACCAGAACCCCACACACUCACUCACUCACUCACUCACACACACUCACUCUCACUCACUCACUCACACAGUCAUACAUACACGCAUACAUACAUAGAUACGCACAUAAAUUCAUGCAAACACAGCUGUACACUCUCUCACACUCACUCACACACACACACUCACACACACACACACACACACACACUCACACACACACACACACACACACACACUCUCACACACACACUCACACACACACACUCUCACACACACACUCACACACACUCACACACACACACACACACACACUCACACUCACACACACACACUCACACACACACACACUCACACACACACACACACUCACACACACACACACACACACACACACACACACACACACACACACACACACACACACCUGUUGAUGUCUGUUAAGAGUCAGUAACUUGGACAGGUCUGAUGCCUUGCACUGACGGCGCUUAUGAAUACUCCUGUCAUAAUUACAGCCGGAGUGGUAAAUAUAUAUAUAAAUAAUAUACUGUAAAUAGGGUGUUGCAAUGUAGUCUACUUUUCAAUUUAGGGUUCACCGGACUAAUGCUUGCUUGGGGAGUGGUGGAGGGGAAAGCAUACAAUCUGUACAGUAACCAGGAGCCCCUCCACUGUGGGCUUCACACAUGAAAUGGUUCGGUUAUAAUCAGUGCUGGUCUAUAAAUGUAGUGUUAUUAACCAAUGAACUUGCGUUUCUUUAGUGAUCUGUCUUGUACUUUUUUCUCAACGACAACGGCGACGACAAAAAAGAAAAUGGGGGGGGGGGAACACAAAAAAAACAAAAACAAAAUGUCUUGGUUUAUAUUUUUGAUUUCUUCUGCUGUGUGUGAUAAGAGACAAUGAUGCCCAGUCAAUUUUCCACCUUGUAGACCUGAACUGUAUUGUUAUAUUGGAUGAUUAGUAAUUCUGCUAUAACGAGACUUAAGUAGCUGAACUGAUUACCUGGCUGGUGCGCCUACUUUUACAAUGCCAUUGUAAUGACGUAACAAUGUUAACGGCGAAGGAUUGGUCAGUUCUAAUGUUCAGGUACCGAUUUAUGAAUAAAUAAUUUAAUAAACAGGGA